CUCUGGUGGCGCCUUCCUUCUCUGCAAACAAACAACUACCGGUCAAGAGUUUUCAAACAGUACUAGCUUUCUGAUAGUCAUUGUCGCUCAGGGAACUACGUCAAACUUUGCUCAGUUCGGGCUAGCCUGUUGUUAAACCAGCCCACAAUGUCGGCGAGCUCCAAGAGGAGAAGAGCCACUUCACCCUCCAGCAGUGCCAGCGGAGGGGGAGACCUCGAUGAUACUUCCUCCUCUAACGUUACUCCUGGAAGUGGCAGGAAAAGAAGAAGAAUCGCCAGUAUUCCUCCUGUGGACAUGAUUGCUGUAUGCCAUGAGUUGUUCAACGCUGUCAGGGACCACAAGGACGAUCAGGGGAGGCAACUUAGUGAAUUUUUUCUUAGAGUACCAAAGAGAAGAAAUCAACCUGAUUAUUAUGAGGCGGUGUCCCAGCCAAUUGAUAUGAUAAAAAUUCAGUAUAAACUGAAGUCAGAAGACUAUAAUGAUGUGGAGCAGCUUACUGCAGAUUUCCAGCUCCUGUUCAACAAUGCCAAAUCAUUCUACAAGAGUGACAGUGAGGAGUAUCAAGCUGCAUGCAAGUUAUGGGAGGUAUAUUUGCAAACCAGGAGUGAGUUUGUGCAGCCUAGUGAAGGAGAUGAGGAUGAUGAAGAUGGUGACGAUACAGAUAAUCCUGGAAUGUCAAAUGAAGAUGAGACCUCAACUGGCAGCUUAAAGGAGGUGCUGGAGCAACUCUUGGAGGCUGUUGUGUCGCACGCUGAUCCCUCAGGGCGUCUGGUCAGUGAACUAUUCCAGAAGCUGCCCUCCAAAGUGCAUUAUCCAGACUACUAUGCCAUUAUAAAGGAGCCGAUAGAUUUGAGAAUGAUCGCUCAAAGAAUACAGAUUGGAUACUAUAAAAGUGUCAGUGCUAUAGCCAAGGACAUUGAUCUGAUGGCUAAAAAUGCCAAAACGUAUAAUGAACCAGGAUCUCAGGUUUUUAAGGAUGCUAACACCAUAAAGAAAGUCUUCAUCCAGCGGAAGACUGAACUAGAACACAGUGAACCCACUAAAUCUAGUCUUCGCAUCAGAAAUCGCAGGUCUGGCCAGGGGGAUCAGCUUUCUAGUGUCAGUGUAGCUCUUCACUAUGGUUCAGAAAGUGAGGAUGACCCUGUGCUCUCUGGCUCUGUGUGCUAUGACGAGGGAGAGUCAGAAGCUGAGAGUCAGAGUUCUAGUAUGGAGAUGAGCAACCCGAUCUUCCAGCUGUAUGAAGCUGUGAGGGGCGCCAGGAACAGCCAGGGCCAGGUCUUCUCUGAACCGUUCCAGCACCUGCCCUCUCGUAGGGAAUAUCCUGACUAUUAUCAGCAGAUUAAACACCCCAUCGCUCUGCAGCAGAUCAGAGCGAAGAUGAAGAAUGGGGAAUAUGAAAGUGUGGAACAGAUGGAGGCUGAUCUCAAUCUGAUGUUUGAGAACGCAAAGCGCUACAACAUGCCUAACUCAAGCAUUUAUAAACGGGCCUUCAGGCUUCAGCAAAUCAUGCAGGCAAAAAAGAGGGAACUUCUGAGAAGAGAUGAUGAGGAUGGAGACAGCAUUCUGUCGUCUGAUGCAGGGAGCAUCAAGAGGAAAAGCCACAAGAAAAACAUCAAAAAGAACCGAAUGAAAUCUCUGUACGCUGCAGUGACUGAGGCAAGGGAGGCCGGCACCAAUCGACGUCUCUGUGAUCUUUUUAUGGUUAAACCAUCCAAAAAGGACUACCCUGACUACUAUAAUGUCAUCCUUGAACCGAUGGACCUGAAGACCAUUGAGCACAACGUUCGCAGUGAACGCUACACCACAGAGGAAGCUCUGAUGGAAGACAUGAAGCUGAUGUUCCGUAACGCCCGGCAUUAUAAUGAGGAGGGAUCUCAGGUGUAUAACGAUGCUGAUAUCCUGGAGAAGAUACUGAAAGACAAGCGCAAGGAGUUAGGACCUCCACUUGAAGAAGAUGAUGUGGGUUCUCCAAAACUGAAACUGAGUAAGUUUUGUCAUGACAGUUCCAAAUACCUCACCCCUCUCCAGCAGAGGCUAAAUGAACUCUAUGAUGCUGUGCGAAACUUCACUGACCGCCGAGGCCGGCGUCUAAGCACAAUCUUCCUCCGUUUGCCAUCUCGUGCUGAAUUGCCCGACUACUAUGCUACCAUCAAGAAGCCCAUCGAUAUGGAGCGCCUGCGAAGCCAUAUCGCAGGCCGGCCGUCCCCAGCACGGGAAAGGGAGGACUUUGCGCUUAUGUUCAACAAUGCCUGUAUGUACAAUGAGCCCGAGUCUCUGAUCUAUCGGGAUGCUCUAGUGUUGCAUCGUGUGCUGCUGGAGACACGCAAGCAGCAGGAGGGAAGUGAAGACUCCAGGCCUCCUGCUGUGGGACCUCUGGUGCGAGAGCUGAUCAGGAACCUGUUUGUGUCCGUGCUGGGCCACCAGGAUGAAGAGGGCCGAUGCUACAGUGACUCGCUGGCAGAGAUUCCCGCUGUGGAUCCAGCUGCUCCUGAGAAGCCUCCACUUAACUUUGAUAUCAUCAGGAUGAACGUGGAGCGAGGCCGCUACAGGAGGCUGGACGUUUUCCAGGAACACAUGUUUGAAGUGCUGGAGAAGGCACGGAGGCUGCACAGGACUGACUCUGAGGUAUUUGAGGAUGCCGUGGAACUACAACAGUUUUUCAUUAAGAUCAGGGAUGAGCUAUGCAAGAAUGGAGAGAUCCUGCUGUCCUCUGCACUGAACUAUACAUUCAAACACCUGCACAGUGAUGUGGAGCAGGAAAAAAGAGAGAAAAUUCCCAAAGAGAUUGAGGAGGACAAGCAAAAGAAGGAAGAAGAUGAGGAGGAAAGUAAAGAGGGUGGGAAAGCAGCGUACCUACAAGGAGAAGCUUGGCAGUCAGAGAUGGAGACAAAGCAUGUGUACAGUCAGGACUGCAGCUUUGAAAACAGCACCUACCAUGUGGGGGACUUUGUCUACGUGGAGCCGUCGGAGCCGAACCUAAAGCCACAUAUUGUCUGUAUUGAACGCCUGUGGGGUGAUGAAGCAGGUGAGAAGUGGCUCUAUGGUUGCUGGUUCUACAGGCCUAGUGAAACCUUCCACCUGACCACACGCAAGUUUCUGGAAAAAGAGGUCUUCAAGAGCGACUACUACAACAAAGUGCCCAUCAGUAAAGUCCUGGGAAAAUGUGUGGUCAUGUUUGUGAAGGAUUAUUUCAAAAUGCAAUCUGAGGGCUACAGACCUGAGGAUGUCUAUGUCUGUGAAUCCCGCUACUCUGCCAGGAAUAAGUCCUUCAAAAAGAUCAAGAUAUGGGCUGUACCUGGGAGCUCUGUCAAAUUAGUCCCUCGGGAGAUGCCUUUGCCUGUUGUCCGUGUAGCUUCCAUGUUUGCCAGACCUGACCAGGACAAGCUGACAGUUUCAUAUGUAGACAGCUGCAGUUUUGUGGACAAGGAGAGAGAGGAUGUCCCUAUGGAGAUGAGUGGAGCUGAGCCCAGCUGUCACUACUAUGAACAAUUAAACUACAACAACAUGUGUUUUAAAGUGGGAGACUACGUUUACAUCCAGUCACAUGGUCUUUCAAAGCCUCGAGUUGCCAGGAUAGAGAAGCUGUGGAUGCAGAAUGGAAUGACUUUAUUCUUUGGACCCAUCUUUAUUCAUCCUGAGGAAACAGAGCAUGAGCCCACAAAGAUGUUCUACAAGAGAGAAGUGUUUCUGAGCCACCUGGAGGAGACCUUGCCCAUCACCUGUGUCAUAGGCAAAUGUGUGGUUUUCCCUUUUAAGGACUACCUGUCAUGCAGACCUACUGAGAUUUCAGAGGAGGAUGUCCUGCUGUGCGAGAGCCGCUACAUCGCGACUGAGAAGCAGAUGAAAAAGUUUAAGGGUCUGAAGCGCUUCUCAUACUCUUCCAAAGUGGUGGAGGAUGAGAGCUACUAUUUUAGGAAGUUGAUCAUGCCACAGAAGGAAGCAUCACCCUUUCUGGACAAGAAAAUAGAUGAGCUUGAGGUUAAACUGGCUGAUAUUGAAGAUGCUGAUGAUGAUAUGGAAGACAUGGAUGAUGAAGAGGAGGCUCCAGAGACUGUUUCUAUGCCUCAAAUGCAAACCCCACUUGUAAGCGAUAUGGACAUCAUGCCAUACACACCUUCUCAGUCUACUCCUAAAGUGAAGGGAUUAUCAAAAAAAGAAGGGGCCAAGAGGAAGAUCAACAUGAGUGGCUAUAUCCUGUUCAGCAGUGAAGUGCGAGCAAUCAUCAAAGCCAGGCACCCAGACUACUCUUUUGGGGAGCUGAGCCGACUUGUGGGCACCGAGUGGAGGAACCUCGAGGCUUCCAAGAAAGCAGAGUAUGAAGAACGUGCAGCCAAACUAGUGGAGCAACAAGAGCGUGAGAGGCCACCCCAGAAGCAAGUGUCCCCUAGAGCAGGUACCCCAGCAGGGGCACUGAUGGGGGUGGUGCCUUCGCCUAGUACUAUGGGAAUGAUAAACCAGACCAUGGCACCUGUGUCAGGCAUGAUGGGAGCUUACGGCCCACCUUACAUGCCCAUGCAGGGCCCUCAUGAGGGCUUGUUGAGUGUGGCCCCAAUGCCACCUCACCCUGCAGGGGGGCAAUACCUGCCUCCUCACCAUCUGCACCAAGGUAUGCCUAGGUACCCUGGCAUGCUUCAUCAGGGUAUGAUGGGCGCUGGUAUGAAUGGCAUGUCAGGAAGUCCUGCACCAGGGAACUUUAUGCAACAGACUGGGCUAUUCAGCCCGGGACAGCACGCUCCUCCACCAUAUCCAGGACAGGGCCAGUUAGGCCAGCCAUCACACCUGCAGCCCACCACUCCCAUGUUUGUGGCUCCACCACCAAAGACCCAGAGGGUGCUCCACUCAGAGGCCUACCUGAAGUACAUUGAGGGCUUGCAUUCAGAGUCUAGCACUGUCAGCAAGUGGGACCAAACUCUCAAAGCUCAAAGGCGAGAUGCUCAUUUGACCAAAGAGCAGGAGAGCCGGCUGCCGGCUCACUGGCUGAAGAGUAAAGGAGCCCACACCACCAUGGCAGAUGCACUGUGGCGUCUGCGUGACCUAAUGCUGAGAGACUCUCUGAACAUCUGUCAGGCUUACAACCUGUAACCUUUAGGACAUUCCAGCCACUCUAACCAGCUCACUCACUGCUUUUUAUCACCAAGCUACAGAAUUUAGGGAGGAUUAUACAACAUAGAAGCAAUAUUUUAUUAUAGUGAAUUGUGAUCAAUUUUAUAUUUAUUAGCUAACAUAAUGAGCCUGAUAGCUAUUUGUGUGUGCAUUUAGUUUUUUUAUUACAACAGCUGGAUUAUUUGUGCUGUAAACUCAAUUUGUUUGGCUUAUUGAUACUUCAAAAAUAAAAUUGUGAAUACCUUG